GUGCGGGCGGAGCCUUUCUUUUAUUUCGCAUCUACACUAGUUAAUAAGAGCGCCAGACCUGGCUGGACUGCUCGACAAUGUCCCGUAAGUGACCGGGGACCUACCCAUGCUCCCUUUUCGAGAAAACCCCGGUUAACAUGAUAGUGCCUGUACCUCUUCCCGUUGCUGCUUCAGCCUUGGCUGGGGUGGCAGCAUAUAUCAACGCCAAGGCCCUUGUUUCCUACGACGUUGCCCUCCUGGGUUCCCUUCUCCCAACCCUCGCUCGAGUGGGCUGGUGGACAAAUCGAGGACGACUCAACUUCUUCUAUCGCCUCGAGGACUUGGCCACCACCAAGUCUUCCGCCAACCGCGCCUUUUUGCGCUUCGAGGACAAGACUUAUACCUAUGCACAGGGGUACGAUACCGUGUUGCGCUAUGCCAACUGGCUGAAGGAGCGACGAGGAAUCAAGAAGGGGGAUAUGGUGGCGUUGGACUUCCAGAACACCGACACUCUCCUCUUUCUCGUCUUUGCGCUCUGGUCGCUAGGUGCGGUGCCUGCGCUCAUCAACUACAACCUGACAGGCAAACCCCUGGCGCAUUGCGUGAAGAAGGCGACAGCCAGCCUCGUUCUCAUCGAUCCCGUGGUGGCCGGGAAUGUCGGGGAGGAUGUCCGGUCGGAGCUGGACCAAGUGACGUUCGAGGUUGUCACGCCGGAACUCGAGGGCCAGAUGCUGUCGCAUGAGCCGACCCGGCCUCCCGAUGAGCUGCGGGCCGACGCCACCGGCGAUAGCAUGGGUAUCCUCAUCUUUACGAGCGGGACUACCGGGCUGCCCAAGGCUGCGAUCGUGUCGUGGUCUAAGAUCUCAGUAGUCGGUGGCUUCACAUCCCGCUGGAUCGGGACGAGCAAGAAUGAUGUGUUCUACACGGCAAUGCCGCUCUACCACAGCACAGCAAUGCUGCUCGGCUUCGCGCACACCAUCUCCGUCGGCGGCACCUUCGCCAUGAGCCGCAAGUUCUCGACCAGCGGGUUCUGGGACGACGUGCGCAAGCACCGCGCCAACAUCAUCCAAUACGUCGGCGAGACGUGCCGGUACCUGCUAUCGGCACCACCCCGCACCGACCCGAAGACGGGCGCCAACCUCGACCGCCAGCACAACGUGCGCGUGGCGUUCGGCAACGGCCUCCGGCCCGACGUGUGGAACCAGUUCAAGGAGCGCUUCGGCAUCGACACCAUCGCCGAGUUCUACGGCGCGACCGAGGGCAGCUUCGCGACCUGGAACCUCAGCCGCAACGACUACAGCAUGGGCGCCAUCGGGCGCAGCGGCACCCUCUACAACCUCGUACUCGGCCGCAGCGUCGCCAUCGUGGCCGUCGACCAUGACACGGAGCUCCCUUACCGCGACGCGCGCACGGGGUUCUGCCACCGCAGCCCGACCGGCGAACCCGGUGAGCUGCUCUUCCGACUCCCACCAGCCGACGUCGAGUCGCGGUUCCAGGGGUACUACGGCGACCGGGAGGCGACGGGCAAGAAGAUCAUGCGGGACGUGUUUGCUGCGGGCGACGCCUGGUUCCGCACGGGCGACGUCGUGCGCUGGGACGCGCAGAACCGCGUCUACUUCAACGACCGCAUCGGCGACACCUUCCGCUGGAAGAGCGAGAACGUCUCGACGGCUGAGGUCGCGCUGGUGGUCGGCACCCACCCGGCCGUGGCCGAGGCUAAUGUUUACGGGGUGGAGGUGCCCGGCCAUGAGGGCCGUGCCGGCUGCGCUGCGGUUGCGUUUCGACCUGCGCCUCCUGGUGGUGGGGCCGUGCCUAGCGAGGAGACGCUCAAGACGCUCGCGGCGCAUGUGCGUGCGGGGUUGCCCAAGUAUGCGCUGCCGCUGUUUUUGCGGGUUGUCAAGGGUGAGACCCUGCAGGCGACGGGCACGAACAAGCAGCAGAAGACGGGCUUGCGGAGUGAGGGUGUUGAUCCGGGCAAGACGGGGUCAGAUGAUAUCUUUUGGCUGCGGGGCGAUUCGUAUGUCAGGUUUGGGGCCGCCGACUGGAAGGCUCUGCAGGGCGGGAAGGUCAAGCUCUGAGGGCGGCUACUGGAGGUCUAUCUUCCCCGAUGAAAUGCAUCGUGACGAUGCGUUGCCGAUACUUUUGGCGCGUCGCAUGCCUUAUAAAUAGCAAAUAGUGGUAUGUUUAGAGAGCAUAUCAAGACCAUCAAUCU